CACACACACACACACACACAGACGGCUCAUGAACAAAAACAAGAGUCAGCAUCACAUUUCCGUUGUACACAUUGCUGCUCCUUUUAAGCAGUCUUGUGAAAGUCAGCCUAUCUGCAGUCUGCAGCCCAUCUUGCAGGAUGAAAGGCCAUUUGUGGAUCUGUGUGUUGGGAUUACUCUGCAUGCCUGCUGAGGCAAUACUCCAAACCUGGACAGUUUCUCAGAGGCCCUUGUCCGUCUUAAUGAGAGUAAACUCAUCCGCUGAGAUCACGUGCUCCACGUCGCUGCCUGAACCGAUGGGGCUCUACCUGCGCAGGCUAUUCCGCAAUGGAGAGGACGUUGUGUACCUAGAUUUGAAAAACGGACGAGUCACCAAGAGAACCACAGCUCCAGAAUUUAUGGGCCGAAUUGAGGUAACUCCACACCAGCAGAUCGAGGCGGGCUGUGGAUUCACCUUGCGGCUGUCUCUGCUGGGGCUGGGUGACACAGACUUGUAUUACUGCACCUGGAGUCACUUCAAAUCACAGAUGGGGAUGCUAGACACCCAGUCCAGCAAUGGCACCCUUAUCAUUGUCACAGAGACGGAUCCCCAGGAACAAUGCAAGGUCCAGAUUUUUGUGGUCAUCCUGAUGUCCCUGAGUGUGUUGGCAUUCACCAUCCUAUUGGUCUUCUUCGUUGGAGCUCUGAUUUUAAAAUGCACACGACUUAAAAAGCACUUCAGACCAGCCAAAGCUGUAGCACCACGCAGACCUUACAGCCCUCAGCAUGUCUGCCCCCAGUACAGAAGUCAGCACAGUCCCUACAUGAGCACAACUGCGAGUACUCUGGACUUUAGGGGAAUCCUAUAAAUGAAAAAUGAAAGUAUGUAUGUAAUGUAAUGUAAAAAGUUUGUGCAAAGAUGAUGACAAAGAAAAUGACAAAUUUGUCGUGUUUGUACAGGUCUUGCGUCAGCAGGUUUUUUUCUAUGUGGUGUUCAAGUUCAACCCAUAAAAGGUAUAUCACCUCUUGUUCUACUUUUCAUUUCCUUUUUGUACGUAAAAUAGUGUUUUGUUUGCAGAAAGGCGGGUGAGCUACCACUUCCUGGGUGAUAAAAAUGUGACGCAUUUGAACCGUGCUGUUAAAGAAAUCCAGCUUUUCUAAUUUCAUGAGGUGCAACACAUUUGCUUGACCUUUUGAGUUUUGCAUCAUGCUUGAUUUAUUUUUUUCCCCUGUGUGUCAUUAAUGUGUUUUGAGUUGUCUAACAAGCGUGAACCCACUGGUUUGAUAUGUACAUUACAUUAAAUCUAGCUUUUUUUUCUUUUUUAGUUGUGAACAUUAGCUUUCAUUUGAUGCCUUAUAGAUAGAGGCUCAUAUGUAUCACCUCUCAGGUCUGCAAGUAAAACAGGAAGUUACUAUAGUAGGUUUCAUGGUGUUCAUUACCUGAGUUCAUGCUGACAAAAGAAAAAAAAUAAUUGUAUGUGCAGAUACAGUCCAGGUCAAUUCAUUCUUGGUAUACCAUGCAUAUAUCAAAUAACUACAAUGCAAGUAGUAUGCAAAAGAGAAUAUAUAUAUAUAUAUUCAUGUAUACUUAACAUGUCAAGUUAUGUACAACAUAAUGCAUGCAUGUGGUCACAUACAAAGGCGACCACAGACAUACAUCCGCACAUAUCUCAACAGAAACAAAAAUCUUUGCAUGCACGCACGAUCAUACAUGCUCACAUUCGUGCACACAAACCAAAUGGCAACAUACCCCCCCCCCCCUUUUUUUUCCAGAAAGAGAUUUGAGAGUUAACAUUUUUACAGUAUCAACAGGGUUGCUAGCGAUUUAGUGACUUGUGACCAAAAGGACUGUACCUCCAGGCAUUCGCAAGAAAAAUGUGUAAAAGUAGCUGUAAUGUAGUGAACUCAAUUGACAAAGAGGAAAUGUCUAAUUACAGGUGUUUAAUAAGUUAUAUGUACAAAUCUUAGAUGCAGAGUUUGGAGAUCAGGAUUUUUUUAAAAACUUGUUUAAUGUUAUUCCAAAUGGUUGUCCAAGCUAUUGCCGCAGAAAUUGUACUACAGUCCUUUUGCCAGGUUGUUUAAAUUGCAAUUGGUUUGUCAGAGCUUUGCAUUAUUUGGGAAUAAAACAUUUUUUACAGUU